CGUCGCGGCGCAAGACGACGCGGACGUUUCGGCAGUAAGCGUCGCGAUCUCGAGGCGCCCGCGUCGUCAUCGGUGCCGGUCGCGUUGCCUCCAAUUUUCAUUUCCCUCUCCUUUUUUUUUCUUAAUUUUCAUUAUUAUUAUUUCUUUUUAUCUCUCACUCUUUUCUCUCUCUUUUUCACGCUACAAACAACAUCGGUUGAAUAUGUAUUAUCUGUACAUACAUAUCGUUCAUAUGCCGGCGCAGAUAAACCCGGUAUUCUGGUCCCACUUACGGGAACAGGUACCACCCAUUUAUACACGUGUACUUAAAAUUUAUAGCUCGAAAACACGUGCGCGAACACAUCCUCAACCAUAACCUGCGGAACGUAAAGUUCUUCGCCCGAUUUUAUUUUGUAUGUUUGUAAAAAAAAAAAAAAAAAAAAAAAAAAGAAAAGAAAAAUUGGAGAAAAAAAUAUUUCAACGGGAAUAAAGUCUCUCCAAUGGUUCGUAUAGGUAUUCGAGUGAUUAUUGUAAUUAUAUGUUUCACAUGUACGUACAUACCUAAUAUCGGACAAUAAGAACGUUGCAUCAUAUUCGAAAUAAUGCAUAGCGAAUCACCCCGCCCGUUAUUUAUUCGUAUACGCGAUUAUGUGCUGCGCUUUUAAUCGUCAUCGUUUUAUUUCUUUUUUUCCUGCGUAGAUACGUUUCAAUUUUUUUUUCUAUAUCGAGUGUCUUCGAUGAGAAAAAGUUAGUCUUCGGCGAACCAUAUUAUUUUUUUAUUUUUCAAUUCACAUUCGCCUCUGUAUAUUCAUCUCAAUAUUUUGAUUAUGAGAAUGUAUUUAGAACCACAAAUUUUUCCAUCAAUCAAUCGAUGAACUAAAAAAACGAAUGCUUUUCUACGUGAAAAAGUGUGAUCUUAUAAUGAUAUCAAUUAAAUAGUGAAUAAUGAGUGAUAUAAUUAGAAAAUUUCACAAAUCAUGUGUUCGCGGUUCCAAGUGAAUCUUUCAUAUCAAAUAAUACGACGCCGUGGAAUAAUAAUAUAUGAUAAUGAUAAAAGUGCGGUAUGAUAAUUUAAAUUAUUUUGUGUACAUAGAUUUAAAUAUUAUGUACCGACAAUAGCGACUCACCUCAACGGAUAUUUUUUGUUUUCGCAAAUUAUUUGGUGGUGAAAGAAUAUUUUUCCAAUUUUUUUUUUCAAGUGUGAAGAAAACCGAGUGCAGCGGUAAUUUUUUUUUCGCAUGCAACGAGCUCGGAGCCUCGACGAUGAUAUUUCGAUCGAAAAAUCUCACGUCAAAGGAUUUGAACACAGUCUCGCGAAAUUUGUAGAAUGAAUUCCGCCGGCAGGAUGAGAAUCGACGAAACAAUAAAACAAAAAAGACGCCCAAGGAAGUCGAAAAAAUUUUCGAUGUGAAAUUGAGAAAAAUGUCGGAUCUCAGUGAGCCGUUCACGUUUGUAUGAAUUGACGAUAAAUUAAUCUGCAAUCAUCGUACGUUCGGCGAGUACAUCGGGUGUCUUGAGGACGCGCAGAUUAAAAAUGAAAUAAAAUAAGAGAAAAAAAAAAAUGAAAAUAAAUAUAAACAAUAAAAUAAUCAACAAUUAUAAGCCGUUUAGUCAACGCGUAGCUGAUAGUAGUCAUUGACGUCGUCAUCGUCGUCGUAUACGUUUAAACAUAAAAAAAAGGACAUUAAUAACUGAUCGUCGCGAGGAUACAAACCUGUUGCGUUUUUCUCUCUUUUAAUUUCUCACUUAUUUCUCUUCUCUAAUACGGCACAAGACGAGAAAAGUCAAAAGGAAGAUAAAAAAUUGUUGAAUAGAAAAGCGGCCGAUAUGGCAGAGCGAACCCUGCCGAGGUGUCUAGACGCCGUUUCUGUAGCGAGCGAAGGUUCUCUGACUCAAUUGGUCAGACCGACGACACCGGAGGAUGUUAACUUCGUCGAACCGUCUUUGGAAGACCCCGAUCGUCGUCGAGACGACGACGAGGAAAAAAAUGCGGACCCGGAAGACCCGACGGAAGAAAUUCAGGUGUUCCGCUCCUCGGAAGCGUCCGGUUCACCUUCUUCCCCGCGAGGAAUCAAAACUCAAAAAAGAACAUCCCGAGGUGCUUUCUCCGCAGCGAGAGACCAGAGACGCGUUCUUGGCUGCUGCGGGAUCAACUUGUGCGAUUGGUUUCCGAAAAUGUCAUCCUGCAUCGACGGUGGUAGCGCGGGUAGCGGCGUCGGCCAUCCGGGAAGCAGAGGAAGUUACGAACGUCUCGGUUCCGCUCCGACCUUGUUCGAGCUGAGUAGUUUGCAAUCGUUACAACGUGGACAACGCGAUAUCGAUCACAUCGAUAACGAGAAACAGGAGGAGUUGCGCUUUUACAACGACGAUAACAGUUAUCAAACGGUCGUCGUUGAAAAAAAUCUAUGCGCCAGUGAUCUGUGUCAAUUAUUGGCGUUGAAAAAUCGCGUUGCCAAAGACGUUUCGUGGACGAUAGUGGAGUCAUGGCCCGAACUGGGACUCGAGAGGAGUCUGGAGGAUCACGAAGACGUGCUCAGUGUUCACAGAGACAUGGAAUCGUUCGCUCCUCAGUACGAGAGGCGUUUUAUAUUUCGGAAGGAUUUCAGAAAGUACGAAUUCUUCCAUGAUCCACAGCAAUUCUUUCCCUCGGACAUGGUCGAUUUUGAAAGCAGCGAAUUCGGUGGACCGUUCAUGGACACUAAUAUGGCUCUCCAGAAAAUGCUCGCGCAGGGAGGAAAGUGUCCGCCGAUAUUCAGUUCGGCCUGGAUUCGUGACCCGGGAAAAAAUGUGUGGGCUAAAAUUUACAUGGUGCUCAAAGGCAGAAAGCUCUACGUAACGCCUAAGGUACAAUUAGUUAGCCGAGUGAUGCGACAGUGGAGACAUAGAUCAGAGUCUGCACAGGGAGGGGGUUCUGGCACAUCUUCAAAACGCCCCGGUGCUAUCAAUACCGAUCAGCUGGAGGUGCUCGCACAUCUGUCCGAUUAUCACGUUUACUGGACAUUGAACGCCAGAAAACAAUUCCGAGCACCAACGGAGUGGGGUAUCUGUCUGAGGCCGUCGUCCAACGCUGAAACAGAAGAUACCGUUGGGAGCGAACUCAGGUGCAUAACCUUCGAUAACGAGAAGGCACGCUCCUGUUGGAUCAUAGCCAUGCGGCUCACCAAGUGGUGUGCUGCUUUGUUGCAGUACGGCAAACAGCUGAGGGAGAACUACAGGGCGUUCAAAAAUAAGCAAUGUCAACCAACCGUCAGUCCAAAGGAAUACAACAGCUACACCGUGCCAAACGAAUCUGUUCGGUCACGGGUCGCGAUGGACUUCACAGGCAGUGUCGGUCGCAUAGUCGAAGACCCGAAGGAAGCGAGGGCGAUCGCUGUUGCGGAAGGAACGUCUUGGAAACGAAGGUGGAGACCGGCAUCACGACCACCCCCCGAUCACAGCUUAGUUAGGGUGCAAGGCCUCGAGGCUGGAGUCCACAUCACGCAGCCUUGGUUUCACAGCGGGAUGAGCAGGGAUCAGGCUGCGAAUUUAGUCAGCAAGCACGGCACCGUGGACGGAGUUUUCCUUGUCAGAGAGAGCAGGAGUAAUCUCGGUGCAUUUGUCCUCACGUAUAAAUCUGGUGGAAAAGUUCUGCAUACGCAAAUACAACCGAUUAUGGACCACGUGAGAGAGACGUAUUGCUAUUCUUUGGACAGUGGGGUAACAAAAUUUUACGACCUCUUGCAACUGGUUGAAUUUUACCAGCUGAACGCUGGUUGUCUGCCCACAAGAUUGACACACUACGUUGUCCAGAGUCCGACCGGACCAGUUUUACAAGAGGAACCAAGUACGUCGCCAACCUCAUCGCCGGCGGCGAGACAAUCCCCCUCGGCAACACCGCCUUCGACGACACCCUCAGCUGUAACGCCAGCGAAACCAUCGAGUUUCUGAGUAUAGGGGUCUCAGCAGCCCGUUGAUGCUCUUAUAACGAACGAUUUAGACGCCAUUUGUUAUUUACCUAGCACAACUACGAUUGCAAAAGCGAAAAGUACAUUCGAGGGUAAAAAGAGCAACAAGAAUGAUAACGGUAUCGGUAGUGCGGCUAGCAACAACAUGAACAACAACAAUAACUUCGGCGACGAUAGAAUCGAAGAGAAAUAUCGUCGCAAGAACAACAGCAUUAAUAACAAAAAUAAAAAAAAGAUCAAUAAUGGUGGCGGAUCGAAUCGUUCAGCUACUACAACGGGAUGCUGGACACUUUGUAAAAGAAAUUACGACGAGUGGGACGUCUAGGAGAUUGGAAUAAGGCUGCAAUGGGAGCUUGAAUUACCUACAUGGAAUUUGAAUCGAUGUCUGCGUAUGUAUCAGUUUUAUUUUUACGUUUGCGACAAAACAAAAAAAGCAAAAAUGCAAAUUGGAAAACGACAAACAAUAAAUUUGAACAAUAUUAUCAUUGAAUAAUACCAACCUACCUACAUCAAUCUAUGAUUUUUCUCAGUUAUAUUUGUAUUUAAUUGUUUCCAAAUGAUUGACGUCCGUCAAAAUUUCACCAUUCAUUGAAAUUUCAUUGUUUGACAUGAAAUGACAUAAUAUAGUUGAUAUAAUUAAGUUUUUGCGACCAUGAAUUGUAAUGAAAAUUCGACAAAAUUCAUGAAAACGAUAUAAACAUCGUAACUUAAGAAAUGGAUAAUCAAAUAAUUAUAUUGUUAUUAAUAAUUGAAAUUGAUAAUAAUGAAUCGAUUUUCGGAUGAUGCGAUGGAAGAAAAAAAAAAAUUAAUCGAUACGUGAAUUUUAAAACGGGUGACGAUAAUCUGAAUAUUUCUACGGGAAAAGAACAAUACAAAAUCUGAAUAUAACUUCAUUUAUUUAAUUUUUUUUGUGCUCAACGAAUUUCGCAUUAUAGGAAUAAAUGACGAACUAAAUUUUUCUCAAUUUUCGUAAAUCAAUCGAAAAAAAGUUAUUAUUUUUAUUUUCAACCAAUCGCAUAAUGACACAUACAGUAUAAAUUUACGGUAUACUCUGAGUACGUUUGCAAUGCAGUUAGCGAAAAAGAAGAAAUAAAAAUAAAAUAAUGAUUAUACCAAUAAUAAUAAUAAUACCUAUUAAUAAUAACAAUAAUACGACCAAAUCAUUUAUGGGCGCCGAUUGCGUCAUAAGGCAGGCAAUAAAAAUCAUAAUCAUUCGAUAAUCAAUGACAUUUUUUCAUCGUAAUUCGUGUCUAUGUAUUUUCUAUCUAUGUACUUUAUUUUCUCUGAUUUUGUGAAUGUUUCUAAAUUCUAAUUAAAAUACCUCCAUGUGUAAUAAAAAUAGGUAGUUUGUACAUACACAUUCGUAGUCCAAUUAUACCUGAAACUGCAGUGAGCAAAAAUUGUCAUAAAUUUUGGAGUUUCAGGAUUGAAAUAUCGACGUGUAUGUAUAAAAUUGAUCUGUACAGAGCUGCGCCAGUAUGUAAUGUAUGCGAAACGUCGUUGCGAUAAGUUAGAUGAUAUAGUAAACUUCGAACAGUAGUGAUUACUAAAUUAAAAAUAUCAUUCUAUAAAAAACAAGAAAUUUACCUACAUUUUAAAUAAAAUUUAAUAUGAUUAGGAUAUUAUUAGUAGAAUAUAAAACUUCCUCAAUAAUAAAUUAAGGGGAGAGAAGGGACUGUGCAACAAUUUUUAGACAGAAGAAAAGGCAAUCUAUUACUAACACCAUCGGUAUACGUAGUAUUUUAAUUAAUUAUCUAUUACCUAUCUAUUUUGCGUCUUUUUACGUUAUGUUAAUAUUCUAGACAAAAAUUUAUACCCAAAUUAGACUGUCUCUCUGAAAAAAAAAAAUCAAUUGAUCUCUUCGUUUUUAAAUUAUUGUACAGCCUUUUCAAAACACAUGAUCUCACAGUACGUUACUGCAGACUUUUCGGACGGCGCGAUCGCUCGAUUUGAUACUAAUAAUUAUUAAUAAUAUACUAUCAUAUGUAUUAUACUAUCUGUAAACGAAACAAAAAGGAGAAAUGAAAAUGAAUGAAAUUGGUGUCUUACGGUUUUUUUUUUUUUUUAUUUUUGUUUUUGUUGUUCAAUUACCUGGGUUAAUAUUUAACAAAAAUGAGAUAAAGAUUGAUUGACAAAAGGUAUAAAUAUUCUAUAAACAUAUACUAUACAUACAUAAACAUAAUAUAUAUGUGUAUUAAUUAGGUAUAGGUAUACCGUGAAAAGUUUUCUGUAAAAUUAAUGAUCUGUCAUUGUUUUUUUUUUUUUUUGUCUCAGCGAUUCUAAAAAUGGGAAAGAAUUUGCCCACGAAAAAUAUUGAAACCGGACAUAUUCUGUGUAUGCUUUCAUCUUUUGUAGUGGUUGAGUUCGGGAAAUGUAUCAUUACCUGCGGAAAAGUGUGGAAAGACGAAGGUAAUAGCAAAGAAACAAUAAAUUACACAAGGUAUUACAGGGCGCUUGUCAAUUCAGGAUUUCCGAGUCAAAAUGUUAACGCGUAUGUCGCGUUGAAGGGAAUGAAAGAAAAAAAAAAGGAAAGCAAAUCAAAGAAGGGUAAAGAAAUCCUGAUGUCUCUGAACUUAUUUUAAUGUUAUAAUUACGUGUAUGUAUAUCUUUUCAUCUGUUAUUUAUUUGCUUACUAAUUUAAUUAAAAGAAAAAGAAAGGGAGAAGAAAAAAAAAGAGUUAUGGUAAAAAAUCAGUCUAUAUAUUUAACGGUAUGUCUUUGAACUGUGUUAAAUUGUAUCAUUGAAAAAAAAAAUUUUCAAAAAAGGGAUGGAAAAACGGAGAGCAAAAAAUACCAAUAACUUAACACAAUUUGUAUUAAGUAUCUUAGCGUAGUGCUUUUUAGAACUGAUAUUAGAUUAACGAAAAAUUUGUGAAUUAUACGAUUAAUAAUAUAACUUCGUAGACUUGGAGUUUAUCAUCCGGCACCAGAAAGAAAAAAAAAAAGAAAGGAAAAAAUUUAUGAACGAAAAAUGAAUCGAAAAAAAUUGGUUAAAGAAGAAGUAAAAUGCAAAUAACUAAAAAAAUACUAAAAUGAGAGAGAGAGAAAGAAUGUAAUGGGAACAAUUGACGUAUCCCCAAAUUAGUAAUUUCUAAAAUCUAUCAAUUCCUAUUUAAAAAUAAAAAAAAACAACUUUCGGCCUUUGGUGUAAAUAUGUCUAUUUAGGCCUGCAUCUAUACAUACGUUCAUAUGCAUUAUAACUUGGCUUGGUAAUCAAUUUUGAAGGCGGUCAUUCAAUUUUGAUUAUUCGAGUUCAGAAAAUGCAAAAUUUAAAAAAGAAAAAAAAAAUCAUGCCCUAUCAGCGCAUAUUCAUUAGAGUAUGUGGAGUUCAAUAUAUCUAGCAAUUAUAUUCAAUAAUUCUUCACCGCGUUGUUAACUACAUUUUACACCUAUAAACAUCACAAUUUAUUCUGAAAGGGAAAAAUAUUCAUCCCCAUGUAAUCAUCUCUCUGUUACAUCGUUAAUCCUAAAAUUCAUCGGUUCAUCGAAUCAUUUGAUCCAUUUCAACCUACGUAGGUAUUUAUCUAAAUCCAACACCCUAUGUGUAUUCGUUCCGAGAGCUCGAAGAAUGAAAUCAAGAAAUUUAAAUACAAAAAAAAAUGGUGCCGGUGUUCACUCUGCAAAAAAAAACAACAAUUGAUUAAUAUUAAUAAUAAUAAUAACUACGAUAUAAAUUAUAAAAGUAUAUUUUGUAUUAUUGUAGCCCGAAUCACAGUGCAAACGAGUGGUCUACACGAGACUGAUGAUCCUUUGAGAGAAAUAGAGAGAAGAAAGAGAGAGAAAGAAAUAUGUAGUAUGUUGUGUGUCCGAAUUCACCAAGGUGUAUAAUUGAUCAACGUUAUUGAUAAUAUUUAAACAAUUUAUUACAACAAUGAGCUAAAAAAAGAAACCAACACAACAGUAGUAACAAUAAUAAUUAUUAUAUUAACACAACAACUAUAUAUAUACAUAAUAUAUCUAAAAUAAGUAUAAUUAUAAUUACAACAAUAAUAUUAAUGAUAAUAAUUAAAGCAAAUAAUAAUGAUAAUAGUAGAACGAUAUGUGUAUACCUAUAGCGUGUGUAGCGAAAGGGAUGUGUGAAAUUCAUAACAAUAAUAACAAUAAUAACAAUAAUCAAUAAAAAUCACGAGGGUGGAGAGAUCAUGAGAUAGAUAUAAAUAAUAAUUACCAUCUCAAUAAGAGGAAAAAUUGAUGGCAAGAAGAAUUAUUGGAAGAAAAUGAAAGAAACUGAUUUAAUAAAAAUCCUAAAGAAAUGGUGAGAGGAAAACGGAAGAAAACAAUUAACGAUAAAUUCUGUAUACAUAUUGUAGAGAGGAAAAAAAAACAAAA